UAACAAAGACAGGAGGACCACCCCAAUCCACGCUCUUUCCAUUCUCGCCCUUUGUAACAUUUGUCUUUGACUUGCAAUUUUUUAGAGACCCAUAUUUUGUCCCUUGUCUUUUGUGAGGGCAGCUUUUACCGAAUGAAGAAGAGUGGUUUUGAAGAAAUUAAUUUCCAAGCUCUUCCGAUCCCUGCGGAUGUGUUUUCUGUUGCUGAGUUGAAGAACAAUCAGGCCAUCGAUAUUAUUACGGUUAAAUUAUUAUUUCAUGGGGAUCUGUUAUUGCUUGCCAACAAAGAAAACAGGCAACCCAAACGCUCAGCAGAACCCCCCAACCAGUGAUGAAAAAGCUCAACAGCGAAAAACUUCCAAGUACGCCAACGCCCCUCUGGGCAAAAGGACAGUGUUUGGUUAUGACAGGGACUUCGAUCAGAAAUAUGUGAUUGGUAAAUUGCUCGGACAUGGUCAAUUUGGGUACACUUAUGUUGCCAUUGAUAAGGUUACCAAUGAAAAGGCUGCCGUAAAGAAGAUCGAAAAGAAAAAGAUGCUUCUUCCUGUUGCUGUUGAAGAUGUGAAGAGAGAGGUUAAAAUAUUGCAGGCCUUGAGCGGGCAUGAGAAUGUGGUCCAAUUUUACAAUGCAUUUGAAGAUGAUGAUUAUGUUUACAUAGUAAUGGAGUUAUGUGAAGGUGGAGAGCUCCUUGAUCGAAUAUUGAGCAAGAAGGAUAAGUGCUACUGUGAAGUUGACGCAGCAAAAAUUGUACACCAGUUGCUCAAAGUCGCUGCUGAGUGUCAUUUACAUGGCAUUGUCCAUCGGGAUAUGAAACCUGAGAACUUUCUUUUCAAAUCUCCGGAAGAAGACUCAGUUCUAAAAGCUGCAGACUUUGGGCUAUCGGAUUUUAUCAAGCCAGGUAAAAAAUUUCAUGAUAUAGUGGGGAGUGCAUAUUAUGUUGCACCAGAAGUUCUGAAGCGCAGGUCUGGACCAGAAUCUGAUGUGUGGAGUAUAGGCGUCAUAACAUACAUUUUGUUAUGUGGGAAGCGUCCAUUUUGGGAUAAGACGGAGGAUGGAAUUUUUAAAGAGGUACUAAAGAAAGAACUUGAUUUUCGUGAAAAGCCGUGGUUAAGCAUCAGUGCUAGUGCAAAGGAUUUUGUCAGGAAGCUGUUAAUGAAGGAUCCUGGUGUUAGGCUCACUGCAGCACAGGCAUUAUCACAUAAAUGGGUUAGAGAAGAUGGAGAUGCUUUAAAUAUUCCUUUGGAUAUAUCAGUACUAGCAAACAUGCGUGAAUUUGUGAAAUACAAUCGACUAAAGCAGCUUGGACUUCGUGCCUUGGCAAGCACACUUGAUAUUGAAGAGCUCGCAGACCUUAAAGACCAGUUUAAUGUGAUUGAUAUAGACAAGAAUGGGACAAUAACUCUUGAAGAGAUCCGCCAGGCACUUUCCAAAGAUCGGCCAUGGAUUGUGAGGGAAUCAAGAGUCCUUGAGAUUCUCCAAGCAAUGGACAGCAACAGAGAUGGGCUUGUAGAUUUUGAGGAAUUUGUGGCUGCUACAUUACAUGUGCAUCAGUUAGAAGAGCACGAUUCUGUAAAAUGGCAAAGGCGCUCAAAAGCUGCUUUUGAAAAAUUUGACUUUGAUAAGGAUGGAUACAUUACUGCGGAAGAACUCAAGAUGCAUACAGGAAUUAAGGGAUCCAUUGAACCUCUUCUGGAUGAGGCUGAUAUUGACAGGGAUGGGAGAAUAAGUCUACCUGAAUUUCAGAAACUGCUGAGAACAGCAAGCCUGGGGUAUAGAGCCAAGUGAGUGUGUAUCCUCAGUCUCAUGAUAGUUGUGCAAAUCAAUUCAUAUGGUGAGUGGAGAUCUGGAAUCCUGCCUAAAGGUAUCAGUUUCACAGUGCUACUUGAAAUCAAAUGUGAAUAAAGCUGGUGUUAAGGAUUAUUGACAAUCGCAAAGAUGCUUUUGGCUGCAAACCAUUUCUUAUGACAGCAAUCUCAGAACAAGAUCGUCGUACUCGAUUGGAAGCUCUCUGUUUGAAGGCUUUCUUAAGAUCAUUUGUAAAAAGGGAUGUUACAGCUAUAAUGCUUAUCCUAAUACCCGACGGAGUUGAGUGGAUUGCAUUGUUAGGUUCCGAAAAUCAUUCUUAGAUAGGUGCCAUUGAAAUUUUUGAGUAGUUUGGCAUCCAGAUAGAAAAUGCCAAAAUACUAUAUCAAAAUAUGAUAUCUGGAUAAGAUCUAUUGACAAACCUUCGUGAUUUUUGGAAUUUGUCUAAGCAUUUCAGUUUGCAACAGAUUUAAUAUCUGGGAUUCUUACCUACGGUUCUGCAGCUUAUAUUAAUUAUAUUCUUUUUCCUUGCUUUUGAUGUCUAAA